ACACACACACACACACACACACACACACACACACACACACACACACACACACACACACACACAUGAACACACACACACACACACACACACACACACACACAGAUGGAGAUGAACUACGCUUGAACCAGGAGAACAAGACAUCUGUGAAUCUGCUACAAUGAUCGUUCCAAAAAGAUAGAGUGUAUGUGUGUGUGUUUGGUGUCAGUUGUUUUGGACUGUAUGACAAGCACCCAUCACAUGUCCUGGUCUCGCUGUGGCAGUAGUGUCUCUAGCACUCCAGGGGGCGACGGUGUUUCCAACACCAGAUGUGUUCAUUAUCAGGCAGCUGCUGUAAACAUGUGGACAGUGACACUAACCUGUUCAACAAGAUUCUCGUCAGACUGUUGCUCCGCCAGGACAGUAGUUGAGCUAAUGCCAGCUAAAGCAGCCCUUAUAGACUCAAGCUGCGUUAUAUAUUGUGUUCUGAAGCGUUUCAGAACGAAACAACGCCAGAAACCGAGCUUCUGUAGUGUGAAGCAUCUGUGAUCACAAACUUCAAAGAAUCACACAAUCAUUUGCUCACUCAUAAACACCACCGACUGAAACAGACACUAGUAAGUGUGUGUGUGUGUGUGUUCGGCCUGUUUCACACUUCCUGUAUCUGCAGCACGACAGCAAAACAACAGCGAUCAUCAGUAGAUGUUCACUUACACUGUUUUUGCUGCCUUACAGAAACUACACUGAUUUCUGGGUUACUACAUUUAUAAACAGCCAUAAUAAUGUAUACAAAAAACAUAUAAAGUAUAUCUUGAUAGUUAUUAUAACCGUGAUUGUCACGAGGAGGGGAGUCAGAUUUACUCUGAUAUUAGAGUUUGUGUGAGGGACUGUGCUGAUCAGCCGGUGUGUAGUGUGUACGUCGUGCUGCAGGUGUGUGACUCUGAAACAGGCUUCAGUAUUUCACACCUGGUCAAAGGGCUCCUGCUACUCACUUUCCUCUCUGCGUUCUCUCUGCUGCUAUUGGUUGGUUCUGUAAAUGUGCGAGACCAAUGAUGCUCUCUGAUGGUGUGUGUUGUUGAUGCGUUCUGGGAUUCUUUCAGACGGAUGCUGCGCUUCUCUUGUGUGUUAAACGUGUUUGUGUUUUACUGUUAUCAUGCUUCGUAUGACUUCUGCCUUCAGUGCAACAUUCCGUCUGUUUUCAUUUUUAAAGAAUAUUUUUCUACUGAUUUUGUGCACAUAAAGCAGUAAAUCUGAACUCUAAUGUACUAUGUUUUUAAUGCUCUGUAAAUACAGUUCACAUUUGUGUAAAAAUGCGCAUUAAAGAUUUCUAUCCAUGUUAACUGGUUGUUUUUGUCUGUGAUCUCUGAGUCUGUCCUCCUGUUUCUGUCCUGGCUUUAUUCUGAGAUUUGGUCCAAAUCAAACAAAUUUUAUACUUUCAUAUCUCUUUAUAUAAAUAUUUUUGCAGAAAAAAAAAUAGACUGAUUUAUUCUGGGGUUACAUGAACUCUCCGCCCCUGUGGAGGCUGUUCUCACACACACACACACACACACACGGAGCUCCUCCUGUGUGCAGAUAGACAGGCAGACACACACAUACACACACACAGAGACAGACAAGUGUCUUCUUCACAGCGAAUCAUGUCCUCAUCAAGAAAUUCCUCAAACUUCAACCACACCAACAGGUUCGCGCAGCCUCCGUGGCGCGUGGCGCUCUGGUCGCUCGCGUUCGCGCUGGUUCUGCUGGUGGCCGUCACCGGGAACCUGAUCGUCAUCUGGAUCAUCGUGGCGCACAAGAGGAUGAGGACCGUCACCAACUACUUUCUGCUCAACCUCGCGGCGUCUGACGUGUGCGUGGCCGCGCUCAACGCGCUGGUGAACUUCGUGUACGGCGCGCACGGAGACUGGUACUUCAGCAGCGCGUACUGCCGCUUCCAGAACUUCUACCCGGUGACCGCGGUGUUCGCCAGCAUCUACUCCAUGAGCGCCAUCGCCUUAGACAGAUACAUGGCGAUCAUCCACCCGAUGAAGCCACGCCUCUCGGCAACGGCCACGAAAGGCGUGAUCGCAUGUGUGUGGAUUCUGGCUGCGUUUCUGGCAUUUCCACUCUGCUUCUAUUCCAUCACCGAAGUGAGGCCACACAGGACGGUCUGCUACGUGGCCUGGCCGCGGCGCGACGCUGACGCCUUCAUAUAUCACAUGAUCGUGGCCGUGCUGGUGUAUCUCCUGCCUCUGGUGCUCAUGGCUGCCACCUACAGCAGGGUCGGACUCACUCUGUGGGGCGGAGGAUUUCCAGGACAUUCCUCAGAAAACUUCCAGGGUCACCUGCAGGCCAAGAGAAAGGUUGUAAAGAUGAUGGUGAUCGUGGUGGUAACAUUUGCCAUCUGUUGGCUUCCAUAUCAUGUGUAUUUCAUCGCAACAAGCUUCAACCAGAAGCUGAAGAGGAUCAAGUCGAUCCAGCAGGUGUAUCUGUCAGUGCUGUGGCUCUCCAUGAGCUCCUCCAUGUACAACCCCAUCAUCUACUGCUGCCUCAACAGCAGGUUCCGCGCAGGCUUCAAGCAGGUCUUUCGCUGGUGUCCCUUCAUUCACGUGUCGGACAGUGAUGAACUGGAGCUCCAGAUCACACGCUUCCAGCAGAACCGCCAGAGCAGCCUGUACACGGUCACGCGUGUGGAGUCCUGCCCCGACACGACCGCUAACCCCAGCAGACGCAAGAGCUCCAGCACCAGCCGCCGCAGCAGCCUCAUGGGACAAUCACGGCCCUCCGCACGGCCCUCGCUCAAUGGGGGUCUCCACGGCAACCCCGUGAGCACCAGCGAGAAGGAGCUCAGCUGAGCACAGAAACUACAGGCCGCGCGUCUCCGUCAGCCAGCUUCACCUGCACCAGCUGCGUACUUCAGCUCAUAUAUGAAAUAACUCGCCACACAUAUGAAACUGAACACUUGGAGGACACACACCACCCCCCCGCUGAUGUUAGGGUCGUUAAACUUCAUUUGAUGGUCCCCUUUAGACAAUUAACAGUCAUUAGAGUAUUAGUAGACUGUUAGGUUAGGGUUAGUAGAAUAAGUUGACACGUGCUUGCAAAGUUACUUAUAAUCAGUAGAAUGGCAUUGUAGCUGCAAAGUUACAUAUAGUCAACAGAGUGUUUAAAGGUGACCAUCAAAGUAAAGUGUUAGAGUUAACAGGGUUAGGAUUAGGGUUGAGUUGUAACGGGCUUUAACACUGCUACAGAUUCAUAAUUCAGUGAAGUAACUGCAUUUACAUUACAUUUUCAGGCACCAUAAUUCAUAUGACAGCUAGGUGAUCACAUUUCGAGUUCUUCACUCAUAUUGAGCACACUGUCCAGCAGCUGCACGCAUGUCCUCUCGUUCAGUAGCUGUGUGCCAAUUCAGAGGCUGCAUUUGAAGAAUGAAUGCAUCAGAUGUGCCGUUUCUGGGCCAUGAAGGAUAUAUCAGAUGGGUCCUUCACAGCACAGACUAUCCCAAGAUUCAUUGUGCGGCAAUUUUUUUAUUGCACUAUUUUUUUAGGUGCACUAUGUAAUAUUGCAGCUAGCAGUAAAAAUGCUCCCUUCUCCUCAGACUCGCCGCUCACACGGGUUGUCAGUUUGAGGAUACAGUACGUAACAGAAACAAAUGAAAUGGAAGGUGACGAGUCUUACCCUGUAAGUUGAUUUGUCUGCAUUUUAAUAUCCCUC